AUGCAUAGACUCCUCUCUAAACUGGAAGCUGCUUUAAACCAACAACCACUAAAUCUGGAUUAUUUGGAGUUCUUGACUCGUCAUGAGCUUGUUCUGUUUGAAUCUUUCUCUCAGCAAAUAGGUGGUCUGUCAGAGGUUACAGAGGCUCUACAAAAUGUUCAUCAUCUGGUUCAGUGUGAAAUUAACAUCACCUCUGUGGGAAUUAUUGAACUGGAAACAGAAGUUGGUCUGGGACCUGGCCACCCCAAAAUCGUACUAGAGAGAGAAAAACUGAAGAACUUGUUGGACACUCAGCUGCCAGUCAGCUGCAUCGCUAAAUGUCUUGGUGUUUCAAGAAGAACAAUCUUCAGGAGGAUGCAAGAAUUUGACUUGUCUGUGAGAGGAACAUACAGCACAAUGAAUGACCAAGAGCUGGACAACAUCAUAUCGGCUAUCAAAAAUCAGAUGCCAAAUGCUGGCUAUCGAAUGGUUCAAGGACAUUUGGUUUCUAUGGGUCUCCGUGUUCAGUGGUGGAGAAUGAUGGCCUCCAUGCAUCGAGUUGAUGCUGUUGGGAUCUUCACACGGAUUACAGAACUAGGCUGUGUUGUGCGAAGAAGCUACUCGGUGCGAGGCCCUCUCUCCCUUGUCCACAUAGACACAAAUCACAAGCUAAUAAGGUACAAUGUUGUGAUCUUUGGUGGAGUGGAUGGCUACUCAAGGAAGGUCCUGUACUUGGAUGCAGCAACUAACAACAGGGCAAAAACUGCAUUCUCAUUUUUCCUGAGAUCAGCCCAGCUUCACGGCUUGCCAUCAAGGGUUAGGGCAGAUCAAGGAGUAGAAAACCUGGACAUUGCACAUUUCAUGUUUGCCACAAGAGGAACAGGGAGAGCGAGUUUCAUAUCUGGAAAGAGUGUCCACAAUCAGAGAGUAGAACGACUUUGGCGUGAUGUCUGGAUUGCAGUCACUAGCAAGUACCAUGAUGUUCUUCACUCACUUGAGGAGGAUGGCCUGCUUGACAUUUCAGAUGUCAUUCAUCUCUUUGGUGUCCACUACAUCUUUGUCCCUCGACUCCGAGCAGAUCUUGUCACCUUUGUUGGAGGAUGGAAUAAUCAUCCCCUCAGGACAGAAGGUGGUUUCACUCCUGAACAGCUCUGGUGUAUGGGACAUCUACAAGAGCUGGAUGAGGGCGAGAGACUUGAGGUACCAGAUCAUAAUUUUUUGCUCUUCUGAAAUUAACAUAUUAAACACUUGUG